AUGGGGGUUUUGACAUACGGCAACGACCUAGAGGCGGAUUGGGUAGUCCAAAAAUAUGGCGGCACGAGCAUAGGAAAGUAUGCUGUCCAUAUUGCGAAAAAUAUCAUCAGGGAAACGUUGGCCCAGCAUCGGGUUGCAGUGGUGUGCUCGGCAUGGAGCACAACCUCCAAGGCGGCGGGCACCACAACACGGCGCAAAUUUAGAUUAAUAGAGAUUUUCAACACGUUGGAGGCGGGAAGAGUUCGUGGUGCACGGCCGACUGACAACUUGGCGACGCUACAGAAUAGCCUCCGGGUAAUUAUAUACGAGCAUAUCAGGGCUACAGCACCUUCGCUUCCGAGCAAAGAAUCGCGAGAUAUGCUUGCUGAAAAGCUGAAGUUGGAAGGUCAAUAUACAGUUUCCGCCGUUGCUGAAACUCUAUUUUCUUCCGACUAUGACUAUGGUUGGGCACAGGACUUGGUGAUCAGCCUGGGAGAGAAACUCAGCUGUCUAUCCAUGGUUGCGAUUUUACAAGACCUGAAUGUCGAAGCAGAAUAUGUGGAUUUAUCGACUAUCCUACCGCAAUCUUCUUCCGCCACGACCGCGGACGAGUUAUACGCCGAACUGGCGUUCGUGAUUGCCUCCCGGUUGCUAGCCUGCGGUUCCCCCGUGCCAGUCAUUACAGGAUUUUUCGGCCUCAACCGCGGCGGCAUGCUCGCCUCCGAGAUUGGUCGCGGAUACACCGAUCUCUGCGCCGCCCUCUGCGCCAUCGGUCUAGGCGCCGCCGAGCUGCAGAUAUGGAAAGAAGUCGACGGGAUCCUGACGGCCGAUCCGUCGCGCGUGCCCAGCGCGCAGCUCAUUCCACACAUGUCAUUUCCAGAAGUCGCGGCCCUCACUCAGCAAGGAUCAGAGGUUGUGCACGCCCUGGCGAUUAGGCAGAUCAUGGCUGCGGCGCCGACGGGCAUGGCGCUGUGCAUUAAAAACGUCAAGCACCCCUCGGCAGCGGGCACGAUGGUGGUGCGCGCCGCCGUGGACAAGGCCGAGUCGUCUACUGAUUCGGACACGGACUGUGCUUCGCUCAAGUCGUGCCUCACGUUUUGCAGAGCCAUCACUGUGAAGAGCGAUGUGUGCUUCUUGCAUGCACCACGAAAAACAUGGUCUUGUUUCGGCAGGACUGCAUCCACCCGAAAGGGUCCUACAGUGGAAAUCACCGCGACGACGAAUACUUCCCGAAAGUCGCCAACAUUCUUCUUGUCAUGUGCUAAAAGCCUACUACUGGGGCGCGGCAAAUCUGCACAUGCGCAGAGUGCGAGCGUCAUCACCUUGGUUUGCACUCGCGCGGAGGGUUGCCGUCGGCUGGCGAGCCAGGUACUGGCAGAUCUAAGAAAUGAGAGCAUACAAUCUACGCUGCUACCUCACGCGGACGAUUAUGGGAGCAUCUCAUGCGUCGUGCCGUCGCCGGAUACACUCCGUGCGAUGACCCUUUUACACGAUCGGUUCUGCUUAUAA